GGGGCGGAGGGGACACCAUGUCCAAGCCAGUGGAUCACGUCAAGAGACCGAUGAACGCCUUCAUGGUGUGGUCGCGGGCGCAGCGGCGAAAGAUGGCCCAGGAGAACCCCAAGAUGCACAACUCGGAGAUCAGUAAGCGCCUGGGCGCCGAGUGGAAGCUGCUGACCGAGUCGGAGAAGCGGCCCUUCAUCGACGAGGCCAAGCGGCUUCGGGCCAUGCACAUGAAGGAGCACCCCGACUACAAGUACCGGCCCCGGCGGAAGCCCAAGACGCUGCUUAAGAAGGACAAGUUCGCCUUCCCGGUGCCCUACGGGCUGGGCGGCGUGGCGGACCACGAGCACCCGCACGGACUGAAGGCGGGCGGGCUGCACGGCGGCGCGGCUGGUGGGCUCGUGCCCGAGUCGCUGCUUGCCAAUCCCGAGAAGGCGGCAGCCGCUGCCGCCGCCGCAGCUGCUCGCGUCUUCUUCCCCCAGUCGGCCGCCGCUGCUGCAGCUGCUGCCGCCGCGGCCGCCGCCAGCAGCCCCUACUCCCUCCUGGACCUGGGCUCCAAAAUGGCCGAGAUCUCCUCUUCCUCCUCUUCCUCGGGCUCUGGGCUGCCCUACGCUUCCUCGCUGGGCUACCCCGGCGCCGGCGGGGCAGGCGCUUUCCACGGGGCCGCGGCCGCCGCCGCGGCCGCCGCGGCCGCCGCCGGGGGGCACACGCACUCGCACCCGUCGCCCGGUAACCCGGGCUACAUGAUCCCCUGCAACUGCAGCGCUUGGCCCGGUCCGGGGCUGCAGCCGCCGCUCGCCUACAUCCUCCUCCCGGGCAUGGGCAAGCCCCAGCUGGACCCUUACCCUGCAGCCUAUGCCGCGGCCCUAUGACCCGCGGCCGGGGGAUGCCCGCGCAGAGCCCCGGCGCCCACGGCGGUGGGUACCGGUGCAUACGAGCAGCCGGGAGGUGGACGAGCCGCGAACGGGACCGCGGGAAGCGCCGGGGCUACCGCCGACCUGUUGCGCGUCCCCUGCCGCCGAGGGUCUUGUCCCGCCAGCCGCACCUCAUCGAGCUUGUGUGUAUUUGCAUGCGGUAUGUGCAGAUAACCGAGCCGGAAAAGAGGAAA